AUGCCGCCGAUGUACGUCUUGGCCACUGAUAUAUCACCAAUGAGAACAACCUGUGCAUUGAAGGUAAGAUGCAUUCGAACGUAUGAAGUGAAGGAACGUAGGUCCACUGAAGUUGUGAAAUGUCGAGAAUGUGUCUUCCAUGAUAGCGAGGGUAAUGUUUUACAUGCUCACAUCCCACGCGAGCAUGUUGUUAAAUUUCAAAACCAGUUUGUUGAAGAUGUGAUUGGAAGGAUCGUUGAGAUUUAUUCUCCUAUAGAAAAGAUUGUAGGUGGAAGGCCUUCUCGGUUAAUUGACUUCCUCAUAGAGGAUGAAAGUGGUGAUGAAAUGAAAUGCACAGUAUGGGACGAUCAUGUCGAUAAGGUCGACUCUUGGGUCAAAAGUGGUUACAAUGCUGGGGAAACUAAGCUUUCAAGCUCCUAUGAUGCCACCCAGUUAUUUAUCAAUGAACCCAUUCCUGAAAUUAUCGAGUUUAGGGAUAGAAUAUGUGGUGAGAAGACUCCUAUGCGUAGUAUUUGUUCUAUCUCAAGUAUGUCUGCUGCAAAUACUUUUGACACAUUCAACACUGGUUCUAUGAUUAUGACUACCAUUAGUGAGGUGUAUGAGAAGAAACAAUACAGCGAUUAUUGGGUGGUGGCUAAGAUCGUUGGUAUAGAAGGUGCUUUGGACUGGUGUUAUAACUCAUGUAAAACACAAGGUUGUAGCAAAAAACUAACCCUAAAUACCAAGGGCCUCUAUGACUGUUACAAGUGUAAUAAGACAUGGGCAGAAGGAAUUUUGAGAUAUAGGAUUAAGGUGAGAGUUGUUGAUAGGAAUGGUAAUGCACCAUUCCUUUUAUGGGACCGGGAAUGCAAAGAGUUGAUUGGCAUGUCUGCUGUGGAACUGAGAGACAAAUAUCCACAGGAUAACCAACUUCUACCCAAUGAGAUUUUAUCCUUGUGUUCUAUGGCACUAAUAUGGAAGAUUGCUGUUAUUAACGAUCCUAAAUUGGUUGAUUCCUACUGUCCUGAAUUAUUGGAAAGCUUUGAUAAUGAUCCUACUUCUAAGCUUCAGUCCAAUGACUGUUUUGAAUCAGAUGAGGAGUUUCUUUUUGAAGGUGAGGCUGAAAGUCCUCUAGCCAUAACUGGAAAUGCAAAGGAUCUAGAGGUUUUAGACUCCGGUGCUGUUAAGCGAUGUCUUCUGGAUCAGUUUUCCUCAACAAAGACCUCUUCAAAGAAACUUCUCUUGGAAGUCAAGUUGGAGAAGACAACUGAUGAUGCAGCUUAA